AUGCAUUUAAACAAACGCCGCAAACUGUGCGCCGAAAACACGCAACUGAUCUACGGCUCGGUGUCGGCCCACGUGUCCACCGAUUGGUCGCCAAACCCUAGUCUUAAGGACAGUCUGAGCGGCGAUAAUGAGAGCAGUUGUUCGUACUUGAGUUGCGCCGAAGACCUCACACCACGUGAGUCACCCGUACCGCCAGUGUCUGAGGCCGUUGUCUCCGCCGCCAUUGGCGACCACUCGUUGAUGUCCACCAAUGGUGACCACUCUUUGGUGCCCAUCAAUGAUGAUCACUCUUUGCUGCCCAUCAAUGGUGACCAGUCUUUGCUGUCCAUCAAUGGUGACCACUCUUUGGUGUCCAUCAAUGGCGACCACUCUUUGAUAUCCAACGCCACUGGUGUCGAAACGGACGACUCGUGUUUCGAUUGGUCCGAAUGUAAUCAAACGCUGGACGAGUCAACGGCGGGACAGUCUGUGGCCAUCACACCGUUGGACACCGAUAAGCGUAUCCGCGAUUUCAUGGAUCUAUUGGACAGAAGUCGUCGCUUUUCGGCCGUUAUAGAGAAUAAUCUGCGCCAACGGAGCCAUGAGAUGAUCCAAACGAACGGCACGUGCGUUGAGACAAUGCGAAGAAGCGGUCAUCUGAUGGCUAUUGAUAAUAAACAGGUGAUCUGUAGCGCCGUCGACGACGAGAGCAGCAAAGACGGCGCCGACUCCGAGGCGGACAGUGUGCGCACGUUUGACACCAGUUCCAGCACUUCUUCCACUGAGAACCACCACAACGGCAUUGCCGUCGACUCCCGGCAGCCGUACCUCAUCUCAGGCACAAUUAUGAGAGACUAUCAAUUGGAUGGCUUGGAAUGGAUGCGUCUACUGAUGGCCAACGGUAUGAACGGCAUUCUGGCCGACGAAAUGGGUUUGGGAAAGACUAUACAGUCGAUCGCAAUGAUCGCCCACAUCGUCGAGAACAGCGCCGGUGACCAACCGGUCGGUCCGUUUCUGGUGAUCGCGCCGCUGACCACUUUGCACAACUGGAAGCGCGAGUUAGUGCGGUUCGCGCCACUAAUCCCGGGCUUUGUGUUUCACGGCAACGACAAACAGCGUCGGGCGAUGUAUCCGGAGUUUAGACGCGUGGCUAACGUUCACUUCGGGGUCAGACAACGGCGCCGAUGCCUACCGGUGGUGAUCACGUCGUACGACAUAAUCCGCCGCUGUGUGGGCACCAUGAUGAAAUAUAAAUGGGCGUACGUGGUCGUCGAUGAGGGCCACAAGAUUAAGAAUAUCAACUGCCAACUGUCCAAAGUUAUGCGGAAAAUAAAGUCGGCCAAUCGGCUGAUACUGACGGGUACGCCACUGCAUAAUAAUUUGGCCGAACUCUGGGCUCUGCUUAACUAUGUGUCGCCCGAUGUGUUCAGCGACUGGAAAAUUUUUGAGGACCUAUUGGUGACCACUUCGAGUAACGAACACAUAAUACAACAAGAGAUGCAAAAUAAGAUCAUUUCAUCGAUUCAUCAAAUUUUGGCGCCGUUUAUGUUGAGGCGAACGAAGUCAGAGGUGGGCCUCAAUCUGCCGCCGAAGAAGGAGUUCCUGCUGUACGCGCCGUCCACUCGCGCCCAACAGGCCCUAUACGAGGCUGCCGUUAAACUGGUCAAAGAGGCCCGAGAGCGAAAGAGCGACGCGUUUACCGUUGAGUGCGCUCUAAUCGACGGCCGAAAGCCCCGGAAGAGUACGAAACCAAUUAAUUACAAACAGUAUUACAAGGAGUUCGAGGAAUGGCUGGCCGACGAAGAGAACGGCGCCACACAAUUGGUGGCCAACUAUGACACGCAGAUCCGAUUGCCGAAAGAGUUGGUCGUCGGUGGCCAACAGUACGUGUCGUUCGGCAAAUUCAAUCGCUAUAACAUACUGAUGCAAAUGCGAAAGAUUACGAACCAUCCGUACCUAAUCCAGUGGCCCGACAACUGGCACAACGAGGAGAUUGUCCGCCUGUCGGGCAAAAUGCGAGCUCUGGACGAACUCCUUAAGCACCUGUAUAUCGGCAAACAUCGGGUGAUUUUGUUCUCGCAAAUGACCCGAAUGUUGAACAUUAUUGAAGAGUACUGUCACUAUCGGAAGUACACGUACUUGCGCUUUGACGGCAGCACCCGAUUGGAUGUGAGACAACAAUACAUCGAUGAAUUCAAUAAAAAUCCCAACAUUUUCCUGUUCCUGGUGUCCACCCGCGCCGGCGGUCUCGGUAUCAAUCUGUGCGGCGCCGACACCGCAAUCAUAUACGACUCCGAUUGGAACCCACAGAUGGAUCUCCAGGCGCAGGACCGGUGCCAUCGGAUCGGCCAAUCAAAACCCGUCAUUGUGUACCGUUUGGUGACCGCACACACCAUUGACGAUAAGAUACUGCAGACGGCAAACAAGAAACGAAAAUUAGAUAAAAUGAUUAUACAAAAGGGACAGUCGUUGCGGUCGAGUAGUCGCCUGUCGGCCGGUGAUGAUCAUAACACGUCGACCGCCGCCGAGCGCACAAUGACUAUCGACGAGUUGAUGAAUAUCUUGGAGUCGACUGAUUUCAAAGCGAUUUACAAUUAUUCGGCCGAACGGCUCGAAUCGGAUCGACUCUAUAGCGAUGAGGAUCUGCUGAAGAUGUUGGACAGGGAGGCCAACGACGAUCUCAACCAAAGUGUCAUCAAAAUUGGAUCUCAAUAUAAUAGCGAUGAGGAUCUGCUGAAGAUGUUGGACAGGGAGGCCAACGACGAUCUCAACCAAAGUGUCAUCAAAAUUGGAUCUCAAUAUAAUAGGUCUCAAGAAUAG